AUGACUAUUUUUGAAGAAUAUGGUCAUGACUCUGGUCAGUAUAUCAGUGCGGCUAAGUGCACAAUCUUUUCUAGCAAGCACAUUACAGAUAGAGCUUCCAUUAUUGCUGCAUCUUAUGAUAUCCGGAUGGGCACCCUUCCUUUUCGUUAUCUUGGAGUCCCUAUUUUCCAAGGCAAGCCAAAGAAAUCUCAUCUUAAUGGGAUUAUGGACAUAAUCAAGCUAAAAUUUGCGGCAUGGAAAUGUAAGUCUUUAUCCAUGAUGGGGAGAGUUGAAAUUGUUAAAACUGUCAUAUUUAGCUCUGCCCUGUACAGCUUUCAUGUUUAUAUGUGUCCUAGUUCUUGCAUUCAAAUUCUGGAGCAGUGGAUUCGUAAUUUUGUGUGGACUGGAGAUAUAAACUCUACUCAUCAUAACGGUGUAGCUUGGGAUAAAGUUUGA